CCGAGGUGGACAUGCGCAGCGGGUCACAGUAGAGGCUAACGAUAGGAAAGAUGGCAGCGGUGACGAUUCUGGUAUCCGUUCUCUUACUCGUCGGUGGGACGGUCGCUGAUCCGUUCCCGCAAAAGUGUACACCGAAGGGAGACUUGCUUGUAUGUCCCAAGAGUGUGAUUGUAGCUUCCUCCUCGGACACCAUAGAGGCGACGAGGAUCACAUUCGAGCGAUUGAGGUUUUUCAACCUCACUAGAGAGCAGACGCCUAAUGUGACGUUCAUAGGGGUGGCGAGGACCAACCUCGAUUGUUCGUCGUUCAAAGACUUCCCCAUUGUUUUUCUAAACAGCAUUCCAUGCGAGUUCAAUUCAACGACGACGACGGAAAGAGAAAGUACACCAACAGUGACAGACAAAACUAAAAUGGUUACCACGACGACUGUGAAAUCGACCUCGACGGUUUUAACAAGGAGGACAUUGAAAACGAGAAAGCCCUUUCCUCAGCCGAAAACAUGGAGAGUCACCACCACCGCUAGCACCACCACCACCACCGACCCAGGUAAUUUGACGUGGCCGGAUAUUACAUCACUGCCGCCGGUCCCCCGGGACUUGUCCACGACGAUGAGGACAACCGACUCUCCGCUCAGGAACAGGAUCAGAGAUUUAACCAUAGUAAUUGCUGUUCUUGACGGUGGCCGUUGUGCUUUUAGGGCUAGUGGGACUGCUGCUCGCGCUUCGUCGAGGAUGUGGUAGAGUAUGUAAGAAAAGGAGGAAACCUAAUUUGAAAACGAAACCACUUCAGGCGGAAACUUUAUAUUGGAACGCUUUUUCUAUUGACGACGAAGAAGAGAACACAACACACAUGGAACUGCAGGAAUCUCCCCGGAGACGACGAUUUAAAGACAAGAAAUGCUGAAUUGUAUGUAUGAUGUAUCUGCUCAUGCGUGGUGUACAUGAAUUAGCAGGUACUAGUACCGGAUGCAUAUCUGAGUUAGCGGAUACUGUACGAGUCUAUAUGUAAGUUCGAUGUAUCUGAAUGUGUAGAUACCGUAUCAUUAAGUUCGAUGUAUUUGAAUGCGUAGAUACUGUAUGUAAGUUCGAUGUAUCUGAAUGUGUAGAUACUGUAUGUAAGUUCGAUGUAUCUGAAUGUGUAGAUACUGUAUCAUUAAGUUCGAUGUAUCUGAAUGCGUAGAUACUGUAUGUAAGUUCGAUGUAUCUGAAUGUGUAGAUACUGUAUGUAAGUUUGAUGUAUCUGAAUGUGUAGAUACCGUAUCAUUAAGUUCGAUGUAUCUGAAUGUGUAGAUACUAUAUCAUUAAGUUCGAUGUAUCUGAAUGCGUAGAUACUGUAUGUAAGUUCGAUGUAUCUGAAUGUGUAGAUACUGUAUGUAAGUUUGAUGUAUCUGAAUGUGUAGAUACCGUAUCAUUAAGUUUGAUGUAUCUGAAUGUGUAGAUACUGUAUCAUUAAGUUUGAUGUAUCUGAAUGUGUAGAUACUGUAUGUAAGUUUGAUGUAUCAUUAAGUUCGAUGUAUCUGAAUGUGUAGAUACUGUAUCAUUAAGUUCGAUGUAUCUAAAUGUGUAGAUACUGUAUCAUUAAGUUUGAUGUAUCUGAAUGUGUAGAUACUGUAUGUUAGUUUGAUGUAUCUGAAUGUGUAGAUACUGUAUCAUUAAGUUCGAUGUAUCUGAAUGUGUAGAUACUGUAUCAUUAAGUUUGAUGUAUCUGAAUGUGUAGAUACUGUAUGUAAGUUCGAUGUAUCUAAAUGUGUAGAUACUGUAUCAUUAAGUUUGAUGUAUCCGAAUGUGUAGAUACUGUAUCAGUUUGUAUGUAUGUAUGUAUGUAAGUAUGUAUGUAUGUAUGUCAGUGUGUACGUGUUUGAAGAUACAAAUAGGGUGUGCGCGAUAGCGACUGAAUGUUAUGUAGUGAUGAAAAUAAA